AUGCCUCAACAGCCUGUUGUGGAUGAUCUUCUGUUCCCGGCCGUAUCGAUUAGGCGUAUAGACAAGCUGAAACAGGAUCUAGAAAAGCCGACCCGCAGCCAUCCCGGUCAUGUGUACGAGUGUGGAGAGGGGGUCUUCCAAGCUCCGUUUACAGGCGAGUACACUCGUAAUCCCAGCAACUGUCUCUCUGUGCCCGUUGUUCCAUUUUCCAGAAAUUCAAACACGCCAUCGAGUAACACGGUUUCCAAUCCGGUGUUGAAUGAUACCUUGCUGAUUUAUUAUCAGAACGCUGGUGGAAUGAACUGCGACGUUACCAAAUACUACCUAACAAUAUCUGACGGCUGCUACGAUGUUGUAGUACGGACCGAAACCUGGCUUGAUCCCCGAACCACAUCCAGUUCUGUUUUCCGUCCCGAUUACGAAGUAUUUCGCUGCGACCGGAGCCCCAGAAACAGCCGCAAACUAACAGGUGGUGGUGUCCUCAUAGCUGUGAAGAAGACACGUAGGGUCACCAAUAUCCAAAACGACCUAUGGGGAAGCGUCGAACAAGUGUGGGUUCGUAUCCAUCUGUCGAACCGCUCUAUCUUCCUUUGCGGAAUCUACUUCCCGCCAGAUCGUAUACGUGAUGAAUCAUUGAUCGAUACGCAUACCCUGUCUAUUAUGCCAGUUGUCGAAACUGCCUCAGCCACGGAUGAAAUCAUCGUCAUUGGGGACUUCAACCUACCAGGAAUUUCAUGGCGGUCGUCCUGCAAUGGGUUUCUUUAUCCCGACGUCGAGCACUCCUCUAUACAUAACGGUGCUUCCAAACUCCUCGAUCGUUACAGUACCGCUACGCUAAGACAGAUUAAUCAUGUGACUAAUGAAAACAAUCGGUAUUUGGAUUUGUGUUUCGUUAGCGCUCAAGACGAAGCUCCACUUAUUAUCGAGGCUCCGUCACCUUUGGUCAAGGAUGUCAAUAAUCAUAAAGCGUUAGUUAUCACACUCCAUGAUCACCAGAUUAGCUUGGCGCAAUCGAUCAGUUCGGUUUUUAACGAUUUUCGUAAAGCCGACCAUCAGAGCAUUACCGAAUACCUGGCAGCUAUUGACUGGAAUGAUGUUCUCGAUGAACGUGACGUGGACAUUGCAGCGCGGGCUCUCUCGCACAUUCUGGGACAUUUCGCCGAUAGGCAUGUGCCUAAAAAGGUUCACGCCAACAUCAGCCAUCCAUGGAUAACUCGCGAUCUGCGCAGGAUGAAGACAACGAAACGAGCAGCACUUAAGCGUUAUUCGAAAUACCGGACCUUCUCUCUCCGCGAGCACUAUACCAGAUUGAACUCGGCGUACAAGAUCGCUAGUCGCCUGUGUUUCAAUCGAUAUCAGCGCAAAAUUCAGCAAAAUCUGAAGUCUAAACCGCAGGAGUUUUGGAGAUCAACUACAAACUCCGCGACGCAACAAUCCAACGCAUCGAUCAAGUGA